AUGUCGCGGAUCAUAUCGAUUCCUGAACUAUGUUCCGUGUCGCAAUGGAAAUUCAAGGCCGAGGGCAAUGCCAACAUAAUUUUGGCUUAUGUUGGUGAAGAUGAGAAAUUUUUGAGAACAGUCCUUCGGUUGCGAAAAUCAGUUUGCAACCAUACUGAAGUCGUCAAAGAUAAGGAUGCCAACGACGAUGUUGAGAAGGAGGCCAAAAGCACUCAGCUUUUUGCAAGCUUAUAUGCCACCGAUGUGAUUAAACCACUCCUCGGCGAGUAUGUUGGUGAAUCGCUAUUGGUGGAAGUUCAGCCAAAGUUUCUAAAGGAGAUAGCGGAUUCCAUUCAUUCGUUGCGUUCCACCAAACGCCUCCGCAAAAAUAUCGAUUUCACCCAACGUUAUGCCAUUCUGACUUCCGAUCAUACAAGAUUUUCUUCGAGUUCCAAUCCUUCGCUUUCCAUAGAAUUAAAACCGAAAUGGAUAUUCUUACCGACAUCGCCGCACAUCUCUCCUGAAAACACUCAAAAACUUCGAACCUGCCGAUUUUGCAUGCACCAACAUUACAAACGUUUAAAUAAAAUUGAUAAAGACCCGUCCGUUGUAACGGGAUAUUGUCCAUUGGAUUUUUUUUCGCUAGUGGAUGAGAGAUUGAGAAGGUCAAUCGACGAAUUAUUUAAAGUUCCAAGUAACGUCUUGAAAUUAUUUAUGCAAGGCGAACAGUUACAAAUAGAAAAGUACUACAUGGCUCAACAAUCGGAACUUUCGGACCCCACGAUAGAAGAAUGGAAGGUGGUGGUGGAUGGUUAUAAGAGACGAAUCAAAGAUCCAAAAGCUUCCGUCGAAAAUGUCGAUAGCGCUCAAAUACGUCAACGGAUUUAUGAAUUUUUAAUUUCGACGACGUUGAAAGAUUGUUCCAUAAUUUUGACAUUUAAAAAAAAGGCCAAAGACGAGGUCACCGAUCUAUCGGGCGCAUUAUUCUCUCCCGAAAUCUCUAAGGAUCUCUCAAUUGCUUUUCCGGCUCAGUCGACGAAGAAUAUUUGUUCCAAAGGUUCCAAUAAAAACAUUGAAAUUAGUAAUCACACAAAGAAUUUAAAAGCUUCAUGUGACCAAAAUGGCACUCACGAAGUUUUGCUUGAUUAUAAAAUUUACGUCAUAGAUCUAGAUCCGAAAUAUAUUUCAAAUAUUCCUCAUUAUUAUGAAUUAGAUUCGGAAAUUGUUAAGAGUUACGUGAAAAAUUGUAAAGUAAAGAGAACAUGCAUGGAAUAA